AUUUUGGGAGAUAUGGCAGACGAAAGAUGAUAAUUUCUUGACGCUUUCUUUCACUUUUCACACGCAUGACGACCUUGGAUUAAAUACCGAACGAUGCAGUCGUAAGCAGGAAACCUGGCUCUGUUGCCGCCACCGCCAGCGUUCUGAGCACCUGCUUGAUGGCCAAGCCAUUUGACUUCAACUGGCAGUUAGACGUGCCAGAGGCACUAAAAAAUGGAGAAAUCUUCGACUGUUGGGAUGAGGAAUGUUCCACACUUGAUCCAGACUGCUUGGUCAAAGUUGAUGAGUAUGGCUUUUUCAUCUACUGGAAAAGUGAAGGCAGGGAAGGACAAGUGUUGGAAUGUUCUCAAGUCAAUGAUAUUCGCUUGGGCCUGGCCACCAAGAUAAGUGAUCCAAAAUUAGUCCCUGAACUUGAGCAGAAGGGUUCUGGUAGCCUGGAGUCGCGUACUGUCACAGUAUGCAGUGGCCUGGACCUAGUGAAUAUCAGCUACACCCCCAUGAUUGCACACUCUUCAGAAAUAGCCAGGGAAUGGUUUGAUGGAUUGCGGAAAAUCACCCUAAAUACAAAAGCAAACAAUGUCUGCCCUAUGACACAGCUCAAAAAACACUGGAUGAAGCUAUGUUUCAUGGUCAAUCCAAGUGGCAAAAUUCCAGUUCGAAGUAUAACACGAACAUUUGCCUCUGGAAAGACGCAGGAAAAGAUGAUCAUGCAGUGUUUGAAAGAACUCAGUCUUCCUUGUGGAAAGUUUGAUGAAAUAGAGCCCAGUGCUUUCUCCUUUGACAAGUUUUAUGAACUCUAUCACAAAAUUUGUCCUCGGACAGACAUUGAAGAACUCUUCCGAGAAAUAUCCAAAAAUAAACAAUACCUCACAGAGUCCCAGUUAAUAGACUUUUUUAAUGAAAGACAAAGAGAUCCAAGGCUAAAUGAAAUAUUAUUUCCAUUUUACAAUCGAGAUCGUGCUUCAGGUAUCAUUCAAGCAUAUGAACCUGAUCCAGAAUAUUCAAAGAAAGAAAUGAUGAGUCUGGAUGGGUUUUGCCGCUAUCUGAUGUCUGAUGAAAAUGCGCCAGUAUUUCUUGACCGACUAGACAUUUACAUGGAUAUGGACCAGCCAUUAGCUCAUUACUUCAUCAACUCAUCUCACAACACCUACUUAGUUGGCAGACAAUUUGGAGGCAGGUCAGCAGUUGAGAUGUAUCGACAGGUGCUACUUGCAGGAUGCAGAUGUGUUGAGCUGGAUUGUUGGGAUGGACGCAAUGAAGACCAAGAACCAAUUAUCACUCAUGGCAAGGCAAUGUGCACUGAUAUUUUAUUUAAAGAUGUGAUAGUUGCAAUCAAAGACACAGCAUUUGUUACAUCAGAAUGUCCUGUCAUUCUUUCAUUUGAAAACCAUUGCAGUAAGCUUCAGCAAUACAAGAUGGCAAAGUACUGUGAAGAUAUACUUGGAGACUUACUGCUAAAACGUCCACUUGACAAUGUUCCUCUUGAACCAAAUAUACCCCUUCCUUCACCAAACAUGUUGAAGAAAAAAAUACUCAUCAAGAACAAACGUUUAAAACCAGAGGUUGAGAAGAGGCAACUGGAGUUGUUUCAGAAGGGAGCAAUAAGUGUGAUAAACGAGGACAGUGAACCAGUGGAGGACCCUGAUGUUAUAGCUACAAUAGUUGGAGAGAAGGGACCAUUAAACGAAGCCGAGAACUCGUCUAGCAGUGAGUCUUCUUGUCCAUGCAUUGAAGAAAGUAUCGCCCCGGACAAAGCACCUACUGAUUUGGACCCAACUCUUGCCAAUACUGACACAGAUGCUCAUCCUGAACUGCACCCAAGUGAUGUUCCAAACUCGAAUGGUCCGUCAACAGAAAUCAAAAGUCCUCCAUCCCAGCCCGAAUUGAAACCAAACCAUGAGACUCCAGACAUAGAUCCUGCUCUCAUCGACGCCAAGAAAGGCACAGUCUCCAUCAAGAUUACGGCUAAAAAGACAACUAGUGGUGACCUGUCAGGAACUUUAACAGCUGAUGAGGAAGCUGCCCUGAUGUCAAGCUACCACUACACCGGUGCCACCACCAACAUCCACCCAUACCUGUCUGCAAUGGUCAAUUACGCUCAACCAGUCAAGUUCCAGGGCUUUGAUGUUGCAGAAGAAAGGAAUUCUCACUAUCAUAUGUCAUCGUUCAACGAAAACACGGGUCUUGGCUAUCUCAAGACCCAAGCUAUCGAACUAGUAAACUAUAACAAACGGCAGAUGAGCAGAAUAUAUCCAAAGGGUGGAAGAGUUGAUUCCAGCAAUUACAUGCCACAGAUAUUCUGGAAUGCUGGCUGCCAAAUGGUGUCUCUCAACUUCCAAACAUCAGACCUAGCUAUGCAGCUCAAUCAAGGGAAGUUUGAAUAUAACGGAAAUUGCGGAUUCCUUCUGAAGCCUGAUUUUAUGAGACGUCCGGACAGGAAUUUUGAUCCAUUUUCUGAAAGUCCUGUUGAUGGUGUUAUAGCAGCCCAUUGCUCAGUUCAGGUGAUCUCAGGACAGUUCUUGUCUGACAAAAAGAUAGGAACCUAUGUUGAAGUUGACAUGUACGGUCUGCCAACCGACACGAUACGACGUGAAUUCCGGACCCGAGUUGUGCCCAAUAAUGGUCUCAAUCCCGUGUACAAUGAGGAGUCAUUUGUGUUCAGAAAGGUAGUAUUACCAGAACUUGCAGUAUUAAGGAUAGCAGUGUAUGAAGAAACAGGCAAGCUGAUAGGUCAGCGCAUUUUGCCACUAGAUGGUCUACAAGCAGGCUACAGACACAUAUCACUGAGAACAGAAGGCAACUUUCCACUGUCUUUACCAACAGUCUUUUGUAGAAUCAUUCUCAAAACCUAUGUGCCAGAAGGAUUUGGUCAGUUUGUUGAUGCCCUGUCUGCACCCCAGCAGUACAUGUCCAUGCUGGAGAUGCGUGAAAAACAGAUGCAGGCCAUGGGUAUUCCAGAAGAGGACAUCAGCGAUGUGCCAAUCAUUUCCCGCGACAGCAACACUAAGCAAUCUCACAAGCCACCUGCACAGGACAAACCCUCAAAUGGUCAGAUUCAGUCUUCUUCCCACAAUGAUCCAAAUGUUCAUGGCAAAAAGAAAGAGGAGAAAAAAGCUGAAGAAUUAAAUUUUGAACCGGUCACUCGUGAGAUUCUGAUGAUGGACAAAGUGUUUUUCAAGAUCUUGAAGAAGCAGCAGAAAGACCUGGAGGUUUUGAAGAAGAAGUUCCAGAAAGAGCGGGCAAUGAUGCAGCGCCAACACUGUAUGAUUAUUGACAAGCUCGUUGCCAGCCAUGACAAAGAGAAGACCUCUCAUGAAAAAACACUGGAGAAGAAGAUAAAAAAGAAAGGGGAAGGGUCGUGUGGAGAUUUGAAAACUCUUACAGAAGGAAAAGUCCAGAAUCUGGUCACAGAUCACAAAGCAAAGGUGCGAGAGCUGGUAGCGGAACAGACUGUGGAAUGGUCUGAGAUGUGUGUUCGCCAGGUCGCUGAAGAACACGAACUGCGAAUGGAACACAUCACUGCGCAGAAUGAGCUGCUGGAUUUACUGCUAGAACAGGCCCACCAGGACCAACUCAAGGAGCUAGAAACCAGACAGGAGAGAGAAAACAAAGAAUUGAAAGCUAAGCAAGCCAAACAUUCUAUGGAUUCCAGUAAAGCUGUGAUGAAUGACCGGUCUGUAAAGAAUAAGGCAGAGAGGGAAAGGAGGAUACGAGAGUUAAAUGCUAACAACAUGAAAAAAUUUAUUGACGAAAGGAAAAGAUUGGCAAUGAAACAUUCUCGACAGGUGGAAACUCUGAAGAAAAAACAUACAGAACAAAAAGACCAGCUAACCAAAGAGAAUGACGCCCGUAUUGAUAUAGAGGAAAUGGGAUUUGAAGAAGAAAAGCUUGCAUUGAAACCAGAAACAGUUGUCUAGGAAAUAGUAUCAGUGCAGUGAUGGUGUACAUUUGCAUUUUCCUGAUGUAUUGAUUACAUGACUCAUUAAACAAUUUACAUUGUAUAUAUUGUUGAACAGUCUGCUCCAAUUCUUUCAUUUAUAUUGUUGACAAGUGGGGCAAUGUUGUUGAACAGUCUCUGCUCCAAUUCCUUUAGUUAUAUUGUUGACAAGUGGGACAAUAGAAAUGUUUCUCUUACAUAAAUUCAUUUAUAUAAUGAUUAUAUUCAUCAUCACUAGGUCAUAAUAUCACAGCCUGAGAUUAGUUACAGAUUCAUUUCAUUUUGUUGAAUGUGAUUUAUUAUAGUGCUUAUAAAUCCACUUACAAAUCCAGUUAAACCUGCUAUAGUGGCCACCUUCGUUAAGUAGUCUUGCGUGUGUCUUCUUAUUUAUUCAGAUCGUGUAAAAUGAUAGAGAAUAAUAAUGUGUGUUAGUCAUAUAAGCAUUAAACUGUGUUAAGACACCACACCUCAGCCCUGGACUCAGUCACUGAUAAAGUCAGAGAGUUAGUCCAGGGUGAUAAUGUGUCUCAACCUUAAUUCGAUGUAGACAUGUUAAUAGUGUUUCCAUUUGGAAGAGACCACAAUUUGAUGCUGCUUUGGGUGGCUGCUUUUGACAGGUUUGUUAAAUUCAGUGUUAAUAGAUUUUCUCAGUUAUAUUAUUCGUUAAUGUGCUAUGUGCCAUGUUAGUAUCAUAUUAUUGCACUUGGUAUUGAUAUAGACUUACAUGUAUAGCAUUGCUUUUCAUUUGUUCAAGGUAUAACAUGGGAUCUCAUCUGUGUUAGGAACUGUAUUGACCAAUUUACAUUUAUUGACAAAUGGGAUAAUUUAAUUUUUUUGUUUUCUUUGACAUAUGAAGAUUUUUUACAUAGUUUAAAUUUUUAUUUUAACAUUGUCUCCUGUCUAAAACGUUCUGUGGGAAGUACAUGAAUUCGAUAAUUUUUAAAUAAAAGAUUUACAUUUAUUUUCUGUGGUUAGAGCUAGAUUGAAGGCAAGACACCUAAAAUGAACCCUUGUCCUUGGCUCUCUUAUUUUCAAUGUUUGUCGCUAACAGAGGAUUGACUGUAAUAUGAAUUCUUUACGAUAAAGUAGAAGAGGGAUAGAAAGACUGUGACAUUGUUUUGUCAUCAUUAUAUUUUUGUAAGAAAUAUGUUGGAAAUAGUUAUUACGACAUGUAUAUAUGUAUUUCCAUUUAUUAUUCAUAUACUACAAAAGAUCAAAGCCUUCCAUCAAAGAACAUGUUUACUGCAGGUCUCAUUGUCCUAUAUUGAUCUAGAUUGUGAUUAGUUUUUAACAUUGAUUGUAUUGUUACCUGGCAGGUAAGUGUGUUCCGAAGUCCAUUUUCAGUACACAGAUCUCACAAAACCAACUGAUUUGUGAAGACUCAGUCUUACGAUACUUAAAGUGACAGACCCUAGUUUUUAAGCACUGCUGCACAUUUUUCACAAUUAGAUCCAUUUUUGAUAAUUGAAAUUAUACAUUAUUUAAAUUUGAUUGUAUAUGUUAUCCAUUUCCAUUCAUCCGAAUGUUUCUGAUUGUUCUGGUAUUUGUAAUACAUGUACUGCGAAAUGCAUUUUCUAUAAUUCUAAAAACACACAUAUCUCUGAGAAGUAAUAGUUAGGAGACCAGCGCUUGUCUAUUUUUAGAAGGUAUUUCCCAGUUCAAAAUCACAGACUUGGUUCAGUUUAUUGUAACUUUUUACAGUUCUGUUACAUUUUUGUAGAUUAACCAAACUUAGUAUAAAUUUCCACGUGCUCAAACUAGGGCCUGUGACUUUAAGAUGAAUAUUGUAGACAAAACUUUUGAUUAUGACACAAAUUUACCAUUUCUAAUUUUAUUUAUUUGAAAAUAUACUAAUAUUAAUCUAUGAUAUACCAACGAAUGUAUUAGUCUGCAUUAACAUGUCUUAGUGGAACUGUUUUUUUUUUUCUUAAUAUUUUGUUGUGUUUUUAUUUAAUUAAUAUUAUAUAAAAUAGAGUUGUGAAAUUUUUAAUUUAUGUAUAUUUUACUCUUUUGUUAUUAUUUUAAUAUUUUGCUUGCAUUUCCCUGUCAGGUUUAGACAUAUUUAAUAAUUAUAUACACAUGUGUUAUUAUUUAUCAUUAACUUGUAUGUUGUGAACUCUCAACUUACGUCAAUUUACUAAUAUGAUAAUACAGAUAUGUUUUGUAUAAAUGUAAUUAUAAAGGUUUUUUCUGAAGACAAAGAAAUUUAAAGUUACAAAAUGGGAUCAGGAUUAAGAAAGAUAUUUAAGAUGCAUUUAUCUAAUCUUUGUUCAGGUGAACUCACACUGGUAUCUGCAGUGUUUAGUAAAGAACUUGAAUUUAUCUCAUCACACAUUUAAAAUUACCAGCAGAUACAUGUACAAUACUGACCAAUCAAAAUAAGUAGCACAAAUUGAUAAACAUACAUAAUGUAUAUAGUCGAAAUGUUCAAUAAGAUUGUCAAACCCUCAUGGAUUUCACAAGUCUCCUGGUAUUUGACUAAUUCUUUUCUUCUUGUUGCAUGGGAGGACUUUUCUUCUGGAAAAUUGCAAAAUAAAUGUAGCUAUAAGCAUCAGAUUUUUUCAAUCCAUUGUUGUAUCUUAAUUGGCUUUAUAUUGAAAUUGAAUGUUACAAAGUAUGAAACUAACCAUGAUGAAAUCCAUCUAAUAAGACCUUUGACUGGUAAACAGUGUGCAUCGAUUCUCAUUACAUGUAAUCUGUUGAUCACCGUGCUACUUCCAGCAAGAAACUGGGCAUUCUAAUAUGCCAUGUACACUCUUGUCACUAAUUGUGCCAGAAAUCUAAUGUUUAAUAAACCAAUAAUGUUCCUAUUGUGUACCCAUUUUGGUGCUAACAUUUUACAAAAAGAAAUGUAACUUAGUGUUAUAAAUGUUUGUGUCAAUAAUCAAAGUGUUUCAACUAAAUCGUUUUAAAAAAUAAUCAAUUCUUGGCAUAAUUGCUUAGUUUAUCAGGACAGUCACUGUAAAUUAUCAUUUCAUAUGUCACACCGGCCAGCAUAUUUAAUAAUGUACAUCAAAGAAAACGGUAACCGCCACAACUUAACAACCAUAUGUUACCAAUAUUUAGAACUAUAUUCUAACUAGUAUGUAAAUGCCUUAAGUAAUUGCACAACACUAAAUAACUUGAAACAAUCAUUUGCUUUAUUUUUAAUAGGUUUAUUUUGAAAAAUACAUGACUAAAAUAAUCUACACUAACAGUGACUCGUCCAUUUGGGACCUUAAUUGAUCUUUCAUUUUGUAUAUGUGAAAAGGUUUUGAACUGUAAUGGUCUUUCAACUGUAAGCACAUGAUGUCAUAUUUAUCAGGUCACAAAAAUGCAAUAAUAAUAAUAUUGCAUGAUUGCUCUAUAUUAUUUUGUUUCAUAUUGAAUGUGGUUUUGUUUGGGUUGUCAGUCUUGUUUUAGUCUGUGGUUAACCAGUUUAUACAUUUUUGAGUUGUGUCAUAUUUAAAUUUUUCUGUUAUUUAAUAUGUGUGUCAUGUUAUUAUUGUACUCAAAGAAGUGAGGGUCAUUUUUCAUCUUGUAUGGUUGUUUCUCUGUUCACUAUUUUUGACUGGAUCACAUUGGUAUUUUGCAUAGCACAUGUUUGUCAUGUUUGGGUUCUAGCUUCCUAAUUGUACAUGGGCAUACUUUUGUGAUGGCAUUUUAUCUCAAAUAUUUCAUUAUUUCAGUUGAAUAUUUUAAAACCAUGAUGCAAUCAUUUAUUUUCAACUGUUACAAUUUUGGGGUUAUAGUUUCAUAUGUAAUGGGAAAACGUGUCACAUCUUUAUCUGCUUCCUCAGACAUUUAAUAUGGUCAUCAAGUUAUGAUCAUAUCUGUCAGAGCCAUGUGGUCUCAGCUGUCUGUUUAUAUACAUCUAGUAUUACCUUUUUCUUCAUUUUUAUUUCAUGUCAUUUAUGGCAGUCACAGCAUAAUGGGACAAAGUAUAUCAAUACGGUAGAAGAAAUCUGUUUUUGUCUCCAUUUUUUUUAAUGAAAAUGUUUGUCUUGCUUGGGCUGCAUUGUUCCCAUUGUUUCUUUGAGGAUUAGUUAUAUUGUUGUCUUUCAGUAAUUUAAGAACGUGUGUGUGCCACCUUAUACAGUGAAUACACAUGUUAGUUUGCCAUACCUUUGUCUCAUUAAUGUGCUGAGAAGUAUUCUAAAACUUACUUAUAGACUGUUUAGACAUAAUAUAUGAAUUUGUUACAAAUAUAUAUGUAUUUGUGUUUU